ACUAGUAAUACCCUAAACCAAAUAAACGUUCCUGGGCCGAAAAGAUCCAUUAUGAAACCGUUGAAGCUAAACCGACCCUAAUUGAUUUUCAAAACUGACCGUUGUGCUUCUACUAGAGCUUACCAGAGAGAAGGCAAUGGCGAAUCUGCAGAGCUUUCUUCGCGAUCGCUGCUUAACCGUUUUGAAUCUCCCAGACAAAGGCCGCUCUCUAUUCACCUCCAGAGACUUUCGUCCAGGAGAAGUGAUUCUGAGGCAAGAGCCGUAUGUUUCUGUUCCGAACAACAAUUCGUCGGAAUCAAGAUGUGACGGAUGUUUCAAGACCGAUGGCUUGAAGAAAUGUUCUGGUUGUCAAGUGGUUUGGUACUGUGGGAGCUCGUGUCAGAAGUCAGAGUGGAAGUUGCAUCGCCAUGAAUGCAAAGCUCUCUGUAGGCUUGAGAAGGAGAAGCGUAUGUUAGUGACUCCUACAAUACGUCUGAUGGUGAAGCUUUGCCUCAAGAGGAACUUGCAAAACGAAAAGGUCAUACCGAUCACGACAACAGAUAAUUACAGUUUGGUGGAGGCUUUGGUGUCGCAUAUGUCUGAGCUUGAUGAGAAGCAGCUGAUGUUGUAUGCGCAAAUGGCUAAUCUUGUGAACUUGAUACUUCAGUUUCCUGGUAUUGAUCUCAAAGAGAUUGCCGAGAACUUUUCAAAGUUCUCGUGCAAUGCUCAUAGCAUUUGUGAUAGCGAAUUGAGACCUGAGGGGAUAGGAUUGUUUCCCUUGGUUUCCAUCAUUAAUCACAGCUGCUCUCCCAAUGCGGUAUUAGUCUUCGAAGAAAAGAUGGCGGUUGUUCGAGCUAUGGAAUACAUAUCAAAGGAUUCAGAGGUAACUAUCAGCUAUAUUGAAACCGCUGGAAGCACUCUAACUCGGCAGAAGUCUCUGAAAGAACAAUACCUUUUCCACUGUCAGUGCGCCCGAUGCAGUAACAUUGGAAAACCUCAUGAUAUUGAAGAAAGUGCCAUAUUGGAAGGCUAUCGGUGUGCCAAUGAGAAGUGUAAUGGUUUCUUACUCCGUGAUCCUGAUGAUAAAGGCUUUGUUUGCCAGAAUUGCAUGCUUCUUAGGAGCAAGGAAGAGGUCAAAAAGUUGGCUGGUGAUGUGAAAACAGUUUCAGCGAAGGCUCUUGCAUCUCCUUCGGCAGAAAGUAUCUGUUGCCUACAUAAACAGGACGCCAUUGCGCUGUAUAAGACGUUUGAGAAACUACAAGAGAAGCUUUACCAUUCUUUCUCGAUCACUUUAAUGAGAACUCGUGAAAAGCUUCUUAAGAUGCUGAUGGAAGUAGAAAGCUGGAGAGAAGCUUUGGAUUACUGCAAACUUAUAGUCCCUGUUUACCAAAGAGUAUAUCCAGCAACCCAUCCUUUGAUUGGACUGCAGUUCUAUACCCAGGGAAAACUCGAAUGGUUACUGGGGCAAACGGAAGAGGCGGUGAGUUCACUGAUUAAGGCAUAUGACAUUCUGAGGAUCAGCCACGGAACAAGUACACCUUUCAUGAAAGAGCUCUCAGCAAAGUUGGAUGAAGCUCGUGCAGAGGCUUCUUAUAAGUUGCUUGCAUUGAAAGAUGGCAACUAGCAAGUUCUUGAUCUUACUCUUCUCCUCAUGAAUCACUUUCUUUACUCUCGGCAAUUAUUAAAUUGUCUAGAGAAAUUCUUGAGCUGAAAAAGAAAAACUGAUUUUGUAUUUGAUCAGAACCGGUUCUAUGCUAUGGUGAUUGUAUGAAAAAGUGGAAGAUGAUAAUCAGGACCGGAUCUUUCUGGACACACACAGUUCAGUGAAUUGGUCUUUGUCCCCAAUUUUUUUUUU